AUGUUACAAGCUCCGGUAGCUAUCGGUAGAGCCCUCGUACGCGCAUCCAACCUCUGUUGGAAGUGCUCACGUGCUGGUCAUAGGUCAUCAUCUUACAGCUAUCCUCCUUGUCGUGCAGCAGAAGGGAUAAUCACGAUCUCCUCUGUGACCAAAGCUCGCAGUCUCACCGUUCGCCAAGCGGGAGCAGGCGUAGUAGCAGUAGCUACCAUCGUCCUCGCUCACCUCGUCAUUAUUCCUCCCGCAGUCCAUUUCAAGAUCGUCGACGAGUCGCAGUCCAUCAGAGAUCCCGUUCCUAUUCGCGAGAGGGACAUGAGUCGACUUCACACCAUCAUUCUCCUCACAGUUCUCGAUCGCACUCACAACAACGUGUCACCUUCCGUACGCCUUCGAGAGGCUCUCCGAGUCAUCGUAGGUAUAGUAUGUCGCCGCAUCCGCAGCUUCAUCAGUCCUUCCUGUCUGAUGAUGACGAUGCUCGAUGGAUGCUUUUUUGUCAUAAACCAACUCGUUCGUCUUUUAAACCGUCGCGAUUCGCCACGCUCAUGUUCAUAA